UCAUCUGUGUGCAUUAGUGUAACUGAUUGCGAUUAAAGCAUCGUUAUCAGUAACAUAAUAAAUAAACAUUGGGAUGCGUUACGACUCAAACAGAUACGCGUGUGAGUUGAUCGAUGGUAAAAUCCGAUCAGCAUCAGUACCGCUGUGGACAGCGUCCGAUUCAAUCGGUGGGUGUAAUCACUGCAGGCCGCACUGCACGUCCAGGUGAGUUCCCAUGGCAUGCAGCGAUUUACCGUAUGCAACAGUUGGGAAGCUCGUACAUUUGCGGAGGAUUCUUGGUAAGCGAUCGCGUACUCGCCACUGCUGGUCAUUGUGUUACCGAUCCCGAAAAUGGUUUCCUAGUCAGCGCAAGUGGUCUCGCCGUUAGGCUUGGGAUGUUCGAAAUGCUUACGGUAAGCCGGAACACUCAGGAGCAUCGCGUCUAUCGGAUUUAUCGUCAUGAAAACUUCACGGCUAGCUCCUAUAGGCAUGACAUUGCAUUACUAAUUUUGCACACCAUGGUCGAGUUCAACGCUUACGUCCAACCGAUUUGUCUUUGGGAUGUUGAACGUUUUGGCGAAGGUUCCGGCCUUGUUGGAUUUGUUACCGGAUGGGGCUUGACGGAGUAUGAUCUGUUGGCGAAUGUUUUGAAGUCGGCGAAGAUUCCCAUGGUGGGGAUGCUGGAAUGUCUGGAAAGCGACAGGGAUUUGUUUUCACAAGUGCUGUACGAAGGAAUGUUUUGCGCUGGUUCAAAGAAUGGAACAAAUGUCUGCAACGGUGAUAGCGGUGGAGCGUUCGCAAUCAAUGUCAACGGAACGUGGGUCGCCCGUGGAAUUAUUUCCUUCACUGGACUGAAAGAAAACACAGCGUCAUUGUGCAAUCCCCACAGCUUUGCUGGAUUUGUCAAUGUGGCAAGCUAUUUGCGGUGGAUAGAGAAAAUUGCCAACCAAGAUCGAUUUGUAAUUGUCGAGACUUUCGAAGCAAACAACUCGCCGAAUGAACAGCCAACAACAAUCAGUUUCACCGAAGCAGCUUUUAAUUCGUCCGAAAGAAUCAGUGAGCAGAAAUGUGCGGAGUAUCAGAGCAGCAGCAGCCGGAACCAUUUUCGAGAUCUGUCCUAUCUGGCGUAUGUUGCGAGGGAUACUCCAUUCGUGCGUGUGAUUGAUUGUUUUGCUAUAGUGAUAAGCGAACGUUUCCUAAUUUCCACAGCGCACUGCCAUUCACGGAAGCUCUACGAAAAAAGUUCAGCGAGUGCACAAAUCGUUAUUGUCGAAACGGAAGGUCAAUCGGUGCGGUACGAGAUAGAAAACUUCCAUCAGUUUCCAGCAUUUAUCCGGACUCCGUCAGACGAAAACAACCUCGCACUAAUUGAGCUCGGACGGAACAUAUCCAUUCCGACUGCUCAGUUCGUUUGCCUCUGGAGCGGCGGGGACCCCGACAUGGGGAAAAUAUUUCUCUAUUCCGCUGCGAGGGAUCUUUCCAGACGGUUGGGACUCGACCGGACGGAUAAAUCCGCAAAAUGCUUCAAUCAACUGAUAGCGCCAUCACUAAUGAUACAGGAUUCAGAGCGCGACGCAUACCGGCUUGUGGGUGUGGUCGUUAAUGCUACGUGUUCCAAGAUUCGAUUUGUCAAACUGGCGAAGUUUAUAUCGUGGAUUGAAAACCUUGUCUGGAGUUAGAAAGUAAAAAAACAUAAAUAAAAUGUUCCUAAAA